AUGUCGUCCAAGAUUGUGCACAUCGAGUCGGCUCAGCAAUUCAGCUCGCUGCUAUCAUCGUCGCGCAUCGUCGUGACCGAUUUCUACGCCGACUGGUGCGGCCCAUGCAAGGCCAUCGCNCCCUUCUACGAGCAGCUCGCCAGCUCGCUCUCCCGCCCUAACCAGAUCACCUUCACCAAGGUCAACACCGACAACCUCAAGGACAUUACCCAGACCUACAACAUCACCGCCAUGCCCACCUUCAUGGUCUUCAAGAAUGGCCGCGAGACUCAGCGCAUCCGCGGCGCCGACCCCAAAGCUCUCGAUGCUGCUGUAAAGUCCCUGGCCUCGGAAGCCGAAUCUUCUUCAGCCGAUGCUUCAUCUUCAUCCUCGUCUGGCACCUGGGUUGGCGCAUCCCUGCCCCGCGGCUACUCAGACAUCACCGACAGUGUUGAUCUGCUCAACCUGGACUUCCUCAAUGUCGACUCGGAAGCUGGCAAUGCCCGUGCCGUCUUCAACACCGCCCAGCCCAGCGCCAUCUCAAAAUCAAAGUCAUCCGCCGACAAGGACUGGAUCGAGAGUGACACCGACGAACAACUCAUGAUGUACAUUCCCUUCCAGAGCUCACUCAAGGUCCACGGCCUUCACAUCACAUCUUUCCCCACCGAGGGCGAUGAUGACGUUGUUCGCCCUCGCACCCUGAAGCUCUACACCAACAAGUCAAACUGGAGGACGACUCCAGACUUUGAAUGUCACCAGGGCUUCUUUUGA